AUGGAUGAUGAACAACUUUUGGACUAUGAGGAAGAGCAGGAAGAGACCCAUGAACCGAAAACCGCUGAGAAUGGCUCAGGUGAUGCGAAAAAAAUAAAGGGUAACUAUGCCUCUAUCCACAGUAGCGGUUUUCGUGAUUUCCUGCUGAAACCCGAACUUCUCCGUGCAAUUAUCGAUUGUGGUUUCGAGCAUCCAUCCGAAGUACAACAUGAAUGCAUUCCUCAAGCUAUCUUGGGUAUGGACAUCGUAUGCCAAGCGAAAUCUGGUAUGGGCAAGACUGCGGUCUUCGUGCUUGCUACUUUGCAACAGCUUGAGCCGAUAGAUGGCGAGGUCUCAGUGUUAGUAAUGUGCCAUACGCGCGAAUUGGCUUUCCAAAUCUCUAAGGAGUAUGAGCGUUUCAGCAAGUACUUGUCUUCUAUCAAGGUUGCCGUGUUUUUUGGUGGUAUGCCAAUCAAGAAAGACGAGGAACUGUUACGUACAAAUUGCCCCCACAUAGUCGUAGGCACACCAGGACGUACUCUAGCCUUAGCGAGGUCUGGGAAGUUGAAGCUUGAUAAGAUCAAGUACUUCGUUCUUGAUGAGUGCGACAAGAUGAUCGGGGAUGCUGACAUGCGCCGUGAUGUCCAGGAGAUUGUGAAGAUGACGCCUCAGGAAAAGCAAGUGAUGAUGUUCUCCGCUACUCUUCCCAAGGAGCUGCGCAUCGUCUGCAAGAAGUUCAUGCAAGAUCCCAUGGAAGUUUAUGUUGAUGAUGAGGCAAAGCUAACUUUACAUGGCUUACAACAGCACUAUGUCAAGUUGAAGGAAGUUGAGAAGAAUCGGAAACUUCUGGAGCUUCUAGAUUUGCUCGAAUUCAAUCAGGUCGUAAUAUUUGUCAAAUCGGUGCAGCGGUGUGGUGCCCUUCAUCAGUUGCUAUCUGAGCAGAACUUCCCGUCAAUUGCCAUCCACAGGCAAAUGCCGCAAGAAGAACGUCUUGCCCGCUAUCAGGCCUUUAAGGACUUCCAGAAGCGCAUCCUAGUUGCUACGGAUUUGUUCGGACGUGGAAUGGAUAUUGAGAGGGUCAACAUUGUUUUCAACUACGACAUGCCUGAGGAUUCUGAUUCAUAUCUACACAGAGUUGCUCGCGCUGGAAGGUUUGGUACGAAAGGUUUAGCAAUUAGUUUUGUGUCCGAUGAGAUGGACGCGAAAACCUUGAAUAGCGUGCAAGAUAGAUUCGAUAUAAGCAUCACUGAGCUACCAGAAACCAUAGAUGUUUCGACCUACAUCGAAGGCAGAACCAACUGA